AUGGAUAAUCAACGACUUGAAUUGUUCACAGCAAAUCCUGGUAAUGCUGAAGAAAUGUACGGAGAUGAAGCAUACAGAUACAUUAAGUCCACAACAGGCGUAUUGUUGGAUGUGAUGAAGGGAACUCUGGGACCAAAGGGAAAUAUGAAGAUUCUACAAGGCAAAGAGCAUGCAGUGACAAAUGACGGGGCAUUCGUCUUGAAGAAUCUGCGAAUUGAGUCAGCGUGUGCCAGAGUUCUGGUAGAGUCGUCUAAGACACAGGACUUUGAAGAGGGAGAUGGAACCACAAGUAUCGUUCUCAUUGCGUCUCUGAUUCUGAAAUACGCCUAUGAAUCAAAGGUACGCCCUGCUUUCAUUAGCAGAGGAUUGGGCCAUGCAAUUGCAAAGAUUGAGGAGAUUCUGCAGCACAAGAAGGUGCAAGCAACUCGUGAUGACGUAGAGAGCCUUGUUCGUACCACUUUGAAUAGCAAGAUACUCAACAGUCACCUGGAUAAAUUCGUGAAAAUAUGCAUGGAUUCAGUUGACAAUUUGACAGGGGAUAUUGAUCUGAAUUUGAUCAAUAUUGUGAAAUUGAAAGGAGAUCUAUCAGAGAGCAUCUGGGUUGAUGGACUAGUGAUAGACAAGGAAAUCCAUUUUGCAGAUGAUAGAACUGAAUUGACCAAUCCAAGGGUUCUUGUUGCAAACACAGCUCUUGAUUUUGAUAAGAUCAAAAUAUUCAGCAGCAAAAUUGAAGUUGAUUCGAUUUCGGAACUGGAGAAAGUGGAGGAGGCAGAGAAGCAAAGGAUGAUGGAGAAGAUUGACAGAGUCUGUUUGAUUGAAUUUGAUCUGAUUAUCAACAGGCAGAUCAUCUACGACUUUCCAAUGCAGCUGCUUCUGGGCCAUGGAAAACACGUCAUCGAAAAUGCUGAUUUUGGAAACGUGGAGAAAUUGAACAAAAUUCUGGGCGGAAAAGUGACCAGUCAUUUUUACGGUGAAAAAGGUGAGAGCAUCACAGGAACCUGUGGGAAGAUUGAACGAGUUUUGUUGAAGGGCAAAACAUUCACGAGAUUCACAGGGGCAAAGAAGGGCGCAUCCACGAUUGUGAUUUACGGUAGCAGCAGUGCCGUGUUGGAGGAGACAGAACGAUCAAUUCAUGAUGCAUUAUGCGUAUUGAAAAGAAUAAAAAAGGAUGUAUUUGUAUUGUAUGGUGGUGGAAGCACAGAGGUGAUGUUGGCAUUGGAGUUACAGAAGUUGUCGCAAGAGAUGAAGACAGUAGAGAGCGAGGGACCAGCCGUCUUCUCCCAGGCACUUUUCGAAUUUGUGGAGCUUCUUUGUGAAAAUUGCGGAUUUGAUCCAGUGAAGUUCAGAAGUGCCUUGGUUCCACUGUACAACACGAGAACUACGUAUCAGAAAAACAGUUUCGCACGGGGAUUGGACGUGAAUACGGGGAAUCCAGCUGAUAUGAAACAGUUGCGUGUUAUUGAAGGAUUUACGAUGAAAAUGCGUGUAUUAAGAGCAGCAUGUGAGACAGCACAGGCACUGCUGAAGUGUGAUGGGAUAAUUGUCCAUCCACCUCGUGAAAGAGAAAGACAUUAA